CGAAUCAGUUGCUGUUGCUAGUCAACUUUCGUAAGUCAACAAUAGAAUUUACAGCUGAUACGUUUUGUGUGUUUGUGUUUUGAAGGACCGGCUGUUUGGAUAUCAAAAUAUUUUGACCAUGAGGUGGCUGUGGCUGGUGGGGGUGUGCUGCCUAGGCGCCAGUCAGGUGGUACAGGGAUUCUCAGGCGGCGCUCCACCUACCACAUGUAAUGAUAUGGUGCCCAAACACAGGGACACUGCGGCGCAGAACGGCGUAGCUCCCUACACAGUGGCUCCGUCCCAUCCCCAUACACAGGAGGGAAAGGUCCGUGUGAUGAUCUCAUCCCAGGGAGCUCCCGGAUUCACUGGAUUCCUACUCCAGGCUAGGGAGCCCGGAAGUCCAGCAGCUCUCGGAUCCUUCACUGAGGUCCCAGAGGAAGCCAAAGUCUUAAACUGUGGAGAUGGAGAGAACAACGCAGUAACUCACAGCAGUGGGCUGCUGAAGCAAGCAGUUGAGUUGGAGUGGGAAGCACCUGCAGAAUGGGAGGGGGAUGUAAACUUUGUAGCUACAGUUGUGAGUAACUACACCACCUACUGGGUUGGUCUGCCGUCGGAUGUUAUUAAAGUGAUCCGAAGAUCUACUGAUACUGGCUCUGCAGCAGGCAUCUCUACUACCAAGGCACCAGCUUCUAUUACUGUACAGGACGUGUUGUCGUCAGAGAUAGAGCUGUACCGAGGCUGUGGGAGCAGCAAGAGCUGCGUAGGUUUGCCACGAGGAUGUCUUGAGACACAGACUUGUCAGGCAGCAGUAGCAGUAACGAGCGCACCUGGGGGAGGUUACACUAUUGACAUGGUUGGCAAACAGGUGAAGUACGUGUCAGUCGGCUUCUCAGAUGAUACUGUUAUGGGUGGUGACAAUGUCGUCGAGUGUGUCCAUGAAGAUGCAGAUGCAGAAAACGGAGUCAAAGCUUACAGAUCUUGGAACAUUCCUGGCAUCAAACGCAACCGAAGAGAAGAGCGCCAAAGUGGGUUUUCUCUAGUAAGAGGAGUGUAUGUGGAUGGAACGGUUUACUGUAGACUUCACCACGAUGCAAUCGUAACUGUUCAAGACAAAACCUUCAAUCUGGAUAAAACCCCCUACAACCUCUUGCUUGCUGCUGGCACUGAUCUCAAACCUAACAAUGUCGGGUUCCACUCGUUGUUCGGCAGCUCGGCAGAGAAACAGCUGAUGGCUGAUUUCCGAGUGGUGGCACCAAGAGAUCCAUUUUACGAUGGGUGUAAUGACUUCAAGACAUGUUUUGGUGCGCCAGGAGACUGUGUUACAACUCGUGACUGCCAAGCGGUCGUAGCAGUCGUGGCUCAAGGAAUGCGCUACCAUUUUGAAAUGAAAGCACAAGCUACAGGCUACGUAGCCGUGGGUCUCUCAGAAGAUAGGUUUAUGGGCAGUGACAGUGUGUUGGAGUGUGUACAUGAACCUAACUCUGCCACCGGAGUGAUCAAGGCUUUCAUGAGUUGGAACGUACCAGCUCCUGACAAAGGAAACGUUCGAAAAAAUGUGAACCAAGAUGGUAUCAACCUGUUAAAUAGCAGCUACAUCGACGGAAGUAUUUAUUGCAGAGUUAGCCGAGAAAUUAUUACCAAUGUUCAGGGAACCACUUUCAAUUUACAAAACCCCUACUACAUCCUUCUGGCAGCUGGUUCUUCACUCAAACCUGAGACAGUAGGUUAUCACGACUUGAUUUACGUAUCCAGUGCACAGAAAGCAGCUCUGACUGACGUUGGAGGCUUUUCUGAAGCCAGUAAACUCCUUCUUCGACUUCACGGAGCGUUCAUGAUCGCUGCGUGGCUCGGGUUGGCACCCCUGGGUAUCGUGCUGGCGAGAUACUUCCGUCAGACUUGGAUAACCACGUCAGUAUGCGGCAAGGACGUCUGGUUUGCUUGGCACAGACUGCUGAUGCUGCUGGUGUGGUUACUGACUUUGGCUGGUGCCGUGGUGAUUGUUGCUGAGGUAGGAGGCUGGGUCAGCAGUGCUAGUGUACUUCACGCCCUGGUAGGAGUGUUAGCGACUCUUCUGUGCUUCAUCCAGCCGUUCAUGGCUCUAUGUCGACCUCACCCUGGUGCUUCUAACAGGCCUCUGUUUAAUUGGGCCCAUUGGCUGGUCGGGAACGUUGCUCAUCUUUGUGCAAUUGUAGCCAUUUUCCUCGCUGUAGGACUAGGCAAAGCAGAACUGCCUCAGUGGAUGGACUGGGUGUUGGUCGGGUACGUUGCGUUCUACGUCAUCGUCCACCUCAUACUGUCGUUCUGUGGUUGUGUGAGUGAGAAUUCUAGUAGCAAGAGAAUCAACACUUUCCCAAUGAAAGAUAUGAACUCUCGCUCGCCUCUCACCAUGGACCGCAAACAAGACGCGCCGCAUGCUGGUUUCCGCAAGUGCAUGCUGACGAUUUUGGUCCUCGGAGUCGCAGUUCUCUCUGCGUUCCUUGUUUUGGUCGUCGUCUUUGCACCUUUCGAGCGCAGCUGGUCUCAGUUCCAAGAGUCCUUCAGGUCCAUGUGAACAAACCACCGAUCUGGGUUGAGUUCAACAAUGCCUCUCUAAGAUUAAUAGUUUGCCAAUCUAUGCUCCACAUUUGAAUACGGAUAAAACUAGACAUUCCAUUGCCAUGUUGCCGUCGUAGUUUUGGGAUACAAAUUAACGUUUUUUAGUUGAGCCACCGACAGAGGGCGCUGAUGUAAAUUCAUCAUUGAUUUCUGUCGAGUAUGUCAAUAUUUUUGACUAAAUUAAACUGAUAGAACAACUUAGUGUAGCUAUACUGCUCUAGCAUCUUUAAUGUUACUAUAUCAGUAAAAAAAAAGAGGGAUAAAAUAUUAGACUGCAGCACAUUCUGUGAGUGGCUGAUUCAACUAUUAUAUUAAAAAAAAAUUGGGCAAAACCCACAAAACACAAUGGUUAAGACAAGCUUGAGUUUUAAAUACAAAUAAUAUCUUAGGAGUUGUACAGUUUAAGCGUAAGAGUUAUUCUUUAAAUUAAAACAUUCUUCUUAGAGAGCUUAAUUUUCUUGUGAUAUAUUUUGGGACUCAGUCCAUUUGAAAGUAGAUUUAUUUAGCAGAAGAUGUUAACUUUAUUAACAGAAAAGAUCUUAGUGUACAUUAACAUUGUAAAUUUCUUUAAAAUGCAUUUAUUUUGUUGAAUAGUUUAAAAUGGACAUUUUCAAAAUGUUGUAGAAUACUUUAUGAAUUGCAAACCGCUUGUUGAAUUGCUUGUCCGAUUCAGAAGCUAAGUUUUAAUUUUAACUUAGGAUAUUUUAGAGCAAAAAAUGUUGUUUGUAAAACACGCCAUUGUACAUCAUAAUUAGUUUUCAGUGAAAUGAAAAAUUUAUUUUUGUGCCAUUAUGUUCCAAAUUAAGUUGAUUUGAAAUACUCUUGACAUUCAAAUAUUAAACCAGUUGAAAAAAGUAAUAUAAGUUCACAUUUAAUACACUUUGUGAAUUUAUUAUUUUAGUAUGUAGGCCUAUGAUAAAAAAAUUCUGAGAGUGUAGUUUAACAAUAGUUGCCACCUGUAAAUAAACAGAUUUAAUGUGUUUUCUGUGAUAACUAGCACACCGCAUAUUUUUGUUCAAUUUGGUUAAUUAUUUAUUAACAAGAAAAAUCUUUUCUGAAUAAUAAUUAAUUCUGACUAAUAGUUGUAAAUGGUGUACAUAUGUGUAAAUUAUUUUUAAAUCAAACCAACUUAAAAAACAAAAACUGUUUUAGAAAAGCUUUGAACAUUUUUGUUCCAUUUGUAAGAGCAGGGUAGAAUUUAAUACAUGACAUAUAAAAUCAAAAAUUAGUAAAAUAAAGCUUUUUGGCUGUAUUAGGUAGGUUCUUGAUUAAUUGCGCUUAAAUGCAAUUUUUAAGGAUUGUUUGGAAUUUUUACCUAUUUGAGUGGACAAAAAGUGAAAUUUAUAUUUUAAGUCACAAAUAGUUUUUCAUUUUUCUAUAGCACUUUGGUUAGUCAAAUGACAUAAUAAUAUAGGUCCUGUUUGAGCUAAAGUAAAUAUUUAUCAUAAUCUUCUGUACAACAUUACACCAAAGAUGAUAACAGUGGUGCAUUAAGAUAUUGAUAACAAUAACAAUAGUUUAGCUGUAAACAUUGUACAUCUUUGUAAAGUACUAGGAUAUAAGUUAAUAGACUAAAACUAGCAAACUUCUGAUACUAUUUUGGUGUAGUUACAUUUUAUUAAAUGGACAGUAUUUUUU